GGGGGCUUGAGGUGACAGCGACUGCGAUUCCAGCAGGAGGAGAAGAUGGACAAGGGGAAGGCCGGGAGACGACGAUCUUCUGCUGAAAUUGUCACAGAAGGAAAAAGGAAAAAGCCUUCGUCUUCAGAGUUACAUAAGAUAACAAAGAUAUUAAAUGCAAAACCAGAGGAUGUUCAUGUUCAGUCACCACUGUCCAAACUCAGAAGCUCAGAACACUGGGAUGUUUCUUUGCAGGGGUUGAAAAGGAGCCUAAGAAAUAAGGUCCUCUCUCUAGACCAUAAAAGUAAAAAAGGUGUACGUGGUCAUCCUGUCACUUCUAAGAUAUCACCAGAAAGGCAACUCAAAGUUAUGUUGACGAAUGUCCUAUGGACGGAUUUAGGACGAAAAUUCAGAAAGACCCUACCUAGAAACGAUGCUAAUUUAUGUGAUGCCAACAAGGUGCAAUCUGACUCAUUGCCUUCGACAUCUGUUGACAGCCUAGAGACAUGUCAAAAAUUAGAACCUCUUCACCAAAGCCUUAAUUUAUCUGAAAGGAAACCCAGAGUUAUAUUGACGAAUAUCCUGGGAACGAAGUUAGGAAGAAAAUACAUAAAGACCUCAUCUGUAACUGAGGCCAAUUUGGGUGAUACAGACAACUUGCAAUCAGAGCAGCUUUCUUCAUCAGCUGAUGGCAGCCUAGAAUCUUGUCAAAAUCUAAAUCCUCACAAGAGCUUCUUUUUAUCUGAAAGCAGUUCACAAUCAAGUAAGACAGACAAUUAUGCAAAGCAGACUUCUUACACUAGAGAAAAACGAAGAGAUGACGAUGGCAUUUCUUUUAUGUCUGAUAUUCACCCUAAAGACCUCAGUAGUGGAAGUAGAGACUGUGACCAUCUUGAAGAGGGGAGUGGAAACAAGGAUGAUACAAAUUCUGUUUCAAGAAUGGAACCCACUAUGAUUUCCAGGAAGAGAAAGAAAAGGCUUAGAAGUAAUUUACCUGGUACUCAUAAUCCUACUUCUCUGUAUAAGUCAGCAGAACAGACAAAAGAGCAACAAAAUGACCCAGCAGUAUUCACUGAGUUGGAAAAGUCAAGUGAAAACUAUCAUGAGGAUCCAAAUCUGUUUGAAGAAGUUACACAUGAAUCCAUAGAAAGUGAUUUUGCUCAACUACCCUCACUUUGUGGUCAGGAGUUGGCUUUGAGUGCUUCUCCUCAAAUGACCUCUGAAUGUUCAACCAUGGAAACUUUUGAGAGCUCUAUCUCCUCUGAUACUGUGGGGAAUUCCACUCUAGUUGUGAAGGAUGAGAAUGAAUUGAACACAAUAGAAAAACCUGUUUUAAGUGAACACAGUGAAGGGAAUCCAUCAUUUAUCUCUGCUGAACCAAUUGUUGUUUCUAGUGAUGAAGAAGGACCCACUGAACAUAAAAGUUCAGAAAUUCUUAAAUUACAGCCUAAGCAGGAUGAUGCCAUUUCUCAUGAAAGUGAGAGUACUUCUGAACCAGUAGUGUCAGAACUACCAUUGAUUACUUGUGAGUCUGUACAGACUUCAUCUGAAUUAUGUUCAUAUAAUCCUGUCAUGGAAAACAUGUCCUGUCUUAUACCUAAGAAUGAGAUGGAUCUACAACUGGAUUUUGUAUUUACUUCUGUUUAUAUUGGUAAAAUAAAAGGAGCUUCUAAAGGUUGUGUUACAUUCACAACAAAGUAUAUUAAGAUCCCAUUUCAAGUGUCUGUGCAUGAGAUUUCAUUGCUAGUGGAUACCACACAUUUAAAGAGGUUUGGGUUAUGGAAAAAUAAAGAUGAUGAUCACAGUAAAAGAAGUCAUGCUAUCCUCUUUCUUUGGGUCUCCUCAAAUUAUCUUCAAGAGAUUCAGACCCAACUAGAAAAUUCUAUAUUAAGCCAGCAAUCAAAAUCGACUGAAUUCAUUUUCCUUGAGCUACACAGUUCUAUUUCACAGAGAGAAGAAUUGAAAUUGAAAGACAUUAUGACAGAAAUAAGUACAACCAAUGGAGAAUUAGAGCUUUCUUAUCCAUUGUCUUGGGUUCAGGCACUUCCUUUAUUUCAGAACCUGUCUUCCAAAGAAAGUUCUUUUAUUCAUUAUUACUGUGCUUCAACUUGUUCUUUCCCUGCUGCUACUACUGAAGAAAUGAAGAUGAAAUCAGUGUCUCAGCCCUCAAAUACAGAUACAGCCAAGCCUACUUACACGUUACUGCAGAAGCAAAGCAGUGGUUGCUACUCACUUUCUAUUACUUCUAAUCCAGAUGAGGAAUGGCGAGAAGUCAGGCACACUGGACCUGUUCAGAAGUUGAUUGUAUAUCCUCCACCACCUACUAAAGGGGGUUUAGGAGUAACUAAUGAAGAUCUGGAGUGCUUAGAAGAAGGAGAGUUUCUUAAUGAUGUAAUCAUUGAUUUCUAUCUUAAGUAUCUUAUAUUGGAGAAGGCAUCAGAUGAACUUGUUGAACGAAGUCAUAUUUUUAGUAGCUUUUUCUACAAAUGCUUGACAAGAAAGGAAAAUAAUUUAACAGAAGAUAAUCCAAAUCUUUCAAUGGCUCAGAGAAGACAUAAGAGAGUAAGAACAUGGACUCGUCACAUAAACAUCUUUAACAAAGAUUACAUCUUUGUGCCUGUAAAUGAGUCGUCUCACUGGUAUCUUGCAGUCAUUUGUUUUCCAUGGUUAGAAGAAGUUGUGUAUGAGGAUUUUCCACAGACUAUAUCCCAGCACUCCCAGGCUGAGGAGUCCCACCAUGACAGCAGAACAAUAGAUAAUGAUCUGCAUACUUCUUCAGCACUGUCCUCAGGUACAGAAGAUUCUCAAAGUCCUGAGAUGAAUGUGAGAGUACCAAAGAAAAUGUGUAAAAGGCCAUGCAUUCUCAUACUAGAUUCUUUGAAAGCUGCUUCUAUACAAAACACAGUUCAGAAUUUACGGGAGUAUUUAGAGGUAGAAUGGGAAGUUAAACGGAAAACUCAUCGUGAAUUCAGCAAAACAAACAUGGUGGACCUGUGCCCUAAAGUUCCUAAACAGGAUAAUAGCAGUGAUUGUGGUGUAUAUUUACUGCAAUAUGUGGAAAGCUUCUUUAAGGAUCCUAUUGUUAACUUUGAACUUCCAAUUCAUCUGGAGAAAUGGUUCCCUCGUCAUGUAAUAAAGACCAAACGGGAAGAUAUUCGAGAGCUCAUUUUGAAGCUUCAUUUACAGCAACAGAAGGGCAGCAGCAGCUAGUUAAUCUGUACAAACAUGACACAGAUGCUCUAUACGAUUACUGGAA